AAAAUGUCGGUCAAUCUGAUAAAGUGAUAGUCGGUCAAAUACGGAAUUUACGAGAAUGCGGCGAGAGACAAAAGUAAGCUGGUUUUUUGUUUCUCCCUUGUCUCUCUCGCUCACUCUUGAAGGUCUCUCUGGGUUUUUUUUUGCUUUUCUGCGGCCCUCUUUCUCAAUGUGGCUGGGCAGAGGGUAAACGAUGUUGCUUCAUUGAUUCUUGUUGUUGUUGUUUCUUUUCUUCUUUCGGGGAAGUGCCCUUUUCUCAUUUAUCUCCCGUGCUUCCGCUCUUUAGCGUGUCUCUCUUUACCUCACUUCUUCUAUAUGUGUGUGUAUGUAUCUCUGUCUGUCUUGAGGGGAAAGAGAAAAAGAGACGAGAGACAAUCGGUUUAAAGUUGGGGUAGCGAAGGAGGGAGGGGAGAAAGAAGAAAGCGGUGUUAAUAUCUAGAUGUUAUAAAUCUGAUACGUUAAGACAUUGAUUGAUGCUUGUGGUGUGGACAGGGAAGGAGGGAGAGGAUGAAAGGGUCCAACUGUCCCGUUUGCUCCUAUUCCGCUGCUCAAAGUGUGGUUAUGGUGGCGGACGGCUGGAAGGACGGCUGAGGAUAUGGCUGGCGACUGGUGGUGCGCGGGUGAGAUGGGACAUGUGUGUGCGCACAUGCGGGGAUUUUGCAUCGUGCGUACUGGCACUGGUUAUCGAUAUCCGCGCAUUCUUCUUUUGUUCUUCUUUUUCUUUUUUUUCUCCCGAUCACAUCUCCCGUCCUCGCUCAAUUAUCGUCGACGAUUUCUUUUUUUUUCAGCCAGCCAAUAGGUGGUCGAUGCAUCGCUUGUUCUUUCCACAUUUGUUUUAUUUUCACCGGCUGGCUGGAUUUCUCAAUGUCUCGGUCCAGCUCGGGCUCGGAUUUGGAUUGACGAAUGAAUCAAUUGGAGCUGCCAUUUCACACACUGCGAACAAGAUAUCAACAACAUCAAUCACAUCAAAAUAAACAAGUGAG